GCAGGGGUAGGGGCACUGUCAGCAGCGUUGCCGGGUACAGGGGCAGUUACUGGGGGCAGAUCCUGUGGAAGGAGAUUUAUGACACGCAGCUGUUGAACGCUUGACAGACGUGGGGUGUGUGAAAGAAGACUCCGGCGUCUGCUGCUGCUGCUGCUGCGCAGGAGCGCUGUCUCUGCCAACACACACACACACACCACACACACACACACACAAACAUUCAUCAGAGGAGAGCUGAGUGACUUGCAUCGCAGCCCACAACGACAAGGAUGGUGCGGGAGCAGUAUGUCACCACCACGGGGGAUGACGGCGUGCCGGACACCGUCCCCGAGUACCUGUACACCAUCGGCAUCUACGGCUGGAGGAAGCGCUGCCUGUACCUGUUCAUCCUCAUCCUCCUGGUCAUCCUGGUCAUCAACCUGGCCCUCACCAUCUGGAUCGUGCGCGUCAUGUGGUUCAACACGGACGGAAUGGGGCUUCUCCAGGUGAACCCUGAUGGAGUGAGGUUGGAGGGGGAGUCGGAGUUCCUCUUCCCACUGUAUGCACAGGAGAUUCACUCGAGAGAGGACUCUGAGCUUCUGGUGGACUCCACUGAGGACGUCUCUCUUAAUGCUCGCAAUGAGAACGGGGACGUGACGGGCCGGCUAUCUGUGGGGCCCAAGAAAGUGCAAGGGGAUGUCCAGCAGCUGGUAGUCAACUCCAACAGCGACAAGAUGCUGUUCCAGGCGGAUGGCAAGGAGGUGGUGGUGGGCACCAACAAGCUCCGCAUCACAGGUCCUGAAGGCGCCAUCUUUCAGCACUCAGUGCAGACACCCCUCAUCAGAGGCGAGAUGUCCAAAGACCUGAGGCUGGACGCUCCAACCCGCUCCCUCAGCAUGGAUGCCCCGGGCGGCGUGCACGUCAAGGCGCUGUCAGGACGCCUCGCUGCCACGACCAACAUGGACGUCCUGCUGCACUCCAACGACGGCCUGCUGGUCCUAGAUGCUGAGAUGUUGCGGCUGCCCAAACUGCCCAUCGGCACUUCGGGUUCGGGAGGUGCCCAGGGCCACUACGAGGUGUGUGUGUGCCCCAACAGCGGCAAGCUCUUCCUAUCCAAGGCCGACCACUCCACCACCUGCAGCAGCAGCCAGCAGUGCUAACACACACACACACACACACAGGACUGACCCGGAACUGGCCCGGAACUGGCCCACGGGUCAGACACAUCUGGCUCGAUGUCCAUCCAAACACAGCAUCUAUCCACCACCGUACUUAAGUUGUCGGGUCCUUGGACGGCAGGGUCUGUCUAUAGGAACAGGAGGAAGCACAACUUCCUGCUUGAUGUAAAGUGUUGUGUACUACGGAAUAUCACACGCAUUGGUUUUGAGAAUGUGGUGGUGGCAGACAGUAGAAGUCUAUGGAGAAGGACGCGUGGGAUAUAAAUGUGUAAUAAUGUAUAAUGUCUGAAGGUAACCAUGUGAGUUUGCCUGAACUGGGUUCAAGUCAUUAUGGUGUUAACAGUCAUGUUAGUUAUACGUGUUAAGAAGUAGAAAGCAAUCAAUCAAACAAAAUAGUACACAAAGGAAGUUUGUGAUUUGGUCAAAUUCUGGACUGGUUUUCGGCAAGCCGGCUUGCAUCUCUUUCUGUUCCCUCCACAAUUCAAUACCAAAAAUUUGAUCCAAUACCAAAACGUCUCCGGAUAUCAUGUUCUCAUGUCAUAAAGCCCUGGCUAGAUCACAUCUAGUUCUGCAAGACAGUGAAUAGAUCAUGUUUGUUUGUUUGUUUGUUUGUUUGUUUGUGUGUUUGUUUGUUUGGAGCUGCCACAUGAUGUGACAUAUGCUUUAGGGAGCUGAGGUUCAGUAGGGGCUUAAUUUAAAUAUCUUCAGUAUGAAGGCUGGGCAAAUGAAGAGCUGGUCAACAGCUUAAAUCCUAUGCAAUAUAUAUUUGAGGUGCAAUAAUGAUAUAUGUGUUUAAUGUUAAAGUUUUUGGUAUGGUAAUAUAUGAGGUUAAAUCAGCACAGUUUCAAUUUUAAUUUGAAUUCAAAUUGAAGUGUGUGUGUGUGUGUGUCUGUGUCUGUCUGUCUCUCUGUCUGUCUGUCUGUCUGUUUGUCUGUCUUUGACUGUGUGCGUGCCAAUGUGCGAACAAGUAUGUGUGUGCAUACAGUAUGUGCAUUUUCUAUAUGGAUUUUUGUUAAGGCAUGUUCAUGUGUGUAUCUGUCAUAUAAUGUAAAAAAAACAGAAAACAAUUAUCCCUAACGUCUUCAUAACUGUUGUACAGUGAGGAGUCUGUUAUCUCAAACGGAUGAAAUCCAUAACCAUUAUUACAAAUUAGUACAAAUCACCAAAAAUAUUUAGAUUGUAGUGUCAUUGCAUGUAGCCUUGUGUGUGUUCUGCCUCACUGUGCUGCCAAGAGAGGAAGUUUUGUAUUUUUUUGCAUUUGUUUAUUUGUUUAUACUUUAAUAAGCUACAUCCUUUUUUGAAGGAAUUAUGAUGGUCAACACAUCUAUCUACACAUGCGCAAGAUUAUAAGAAGCACUAUGUUAUAUGACUUCUUUUUUGUUACAGUAAUGGCAUCAUUAUCACCAUCCAGUGGACAUUACUGGAAAAAGUGCACAAAUUCAAAAUCUGUUUUGUAGUGCCAUCUUGUGGUCUUUUUUUUUGUUGUUUUUUGCUGUCAAUUUCAGAAGAAAAAUGGUCUGUAGUAAAACGCUUUGAUGCAUUGGUUGGUCCUGAAGUGUGAUUAUAUGUGGAAAUAAUUUGUUUUUGGAGUGGUUCAUAAUUAUACCCAGUGUGUUGUAUCAUCCUCUUCCUACUAAUACUGCACAUGGGAACAAAAAAACACAAAGUAAAGUAAAGUAAAGAUGACAUUGAACUUCCCCUGAAUAAAUCAGACAGUUCUUUGA